GCGACGGGACCAAUCAGCGGCGGGCGGGGGCGGGGCCUGGCGGCGGCGCCGGUGCCGCGGCUGCAGCGCGCUCCCGGUGCCGGUGCGGCCAUGGCCCAGCGCGGCGGCCCCGCGGUGCUGCCGGACAACCCCUUCCAGGAUCCCGCCGCGCUGCAGGCGCGGUCCGGCGCGGUGCUGGAUGGCUACAACCCGUUCGAGAGCGACGCGCCUCCGCCGCCGUUCCAGACCCCUUCGGUAGCGCCGCCGCCGCCGGUACCGGCGGCCGCGCAGCCGCCGCGGAAGGCGAGUCCCACUGAGCCCCGCAACUACGGCUCGUACGGUUCGCAGGCCUCGGCCGCCGCCGCCACGGCGGAGCUGCUGAAGCGGCAGGAGGAGCUCAACCGGAAAGCGGAGGAGCUGGACCGGCGGGAGCGGGAGCUGCAGAACGCGGCGCUCGGCGGGUCGCAGACGAGGCCCAACAACUGGCCCCCGCUGCCGUCCUUCUGCCCGGUGAAGCCCUGCUUCUACCAGGACAUCCCUGUGGAGAUCCCUGCUGACUUCCAGAAGACAGUCACGACCAUGUACUACCUCUGGAUGGCCAGCACCAUCGCUCUCUUCCUGAACUUCCUGUCCUCGCUCGCCUGGUUCUGCGUGGACGCCUCGUCUGGUUCUGGGUUUGGCCUCUCCAUCCUCUGGGCUCUGCUCUACACGCCCUGUUCCUUCGUCUGCUGGUAUCGGCCCAUGUACAAAGCUUUCAGGAGCGACAGUUCCUUCAACUUCUUUGUCUUCUUCUUCGUCUUCUUUGCCCAGAAUGUGAUGUAUGUGCUGCAGGCCAUUGGCAUCCCAAACUGGGGAUUCAGUGGCUGGAUCCUGAGCCUGAUAGCACUGCGGACUAAUGUACCUGUGGCUUUGAUGAUGAUGCUGGUGUCCUUGUCCUUCACGGCAGUGGCUGUGCUGGGGAUCAUUAUGCUGAAAAAGAUCCACUCUCUGUACCGCCGGACGGGCGCCAGCUUCCAGAAGGCUCAGGAGGAGUUUGCAGCUGGGGUUUUCUCCAACCAGGCCGUGCGCACGGCCGCGGCCAACGCCGCCGCGGGCGCGGCCACCAACGCCUUCCGUGCGCCGUAGCCGUGCCCGGCUCUGCCUCCCGAGGAAGAGGAAACCUGAGUUGCACUUUCACUGGAUCCCUGUGCAUCUGCAUCAGCUCUCAGAGGCUGCCUCAUCCCAGUGCUGGUGCCUGAAUUGUCUGCUGCUCUUAACCCCCUUUUCCUCAUGGACAGAGGCUGUUCUGGUUUGUGCUGGUCCCCCUCCCCUCAGCAGCAGCAGGGUGGGAAGUGCUGCAGCUGAGCCCUGGCAUCGCCCUCCAUUCCAGCACCUGCUGCUGGGGGCAGGAGUCUCCUCCAGAUGGCUGGAGUGCUGCUUCCAGGGAGUGGAACUGUCACUUCCUUGCCUUCCUUGUGCUCUUCUGUUUCCCCACCUGGUGAUGACAUUUGUGUGCCCUGGGGUGUGGAGGGUCCCCUGCCCCCUGUGUGCCCAGGGACCCCCAUGCUCUGCCAAGAACUUCAUCCCUCUCUUCCUCCUUGGGCUUGCUCCAGUGGGAUGAGGAUGGGACUGGUGCUUUCCCCAGGGUGUCUUGUCCUUUUGUCCUGUCCCUUUCCCUGUCCCCUCCCUCUCUCCAGGCCCAGGGAUGAGGAGAGCAGGGCAGGGAUGGGCAGAGCUCAGGCAGCUGCUGCCUGUGGGGAUCCUGCCUUUAGCCCAUGUGGACCCCAAAGCCAGGCUGGAUGCUGAGGAGCAGCCCUGGCGUUUACAUGGCUCCCCUUGCCUCCAGGGAGGGGUGAACAGCUCCUCCAGUGCCCCUCCCCGCCUGCUUUGAGGACUGUGACCCCCUGCUCCCCCCAGCACCCUUCAGCCAGGGCCUUCCCCCUCUUUGGGGGCUGAGCCAAUCCCUGUGUGCAGCCCCACGUCCCCCUUACCUACCCUCUGUCCCCUGUCCUGGUGUCCGUGGGGUCCCAGGUCUCACGCAUUCUGCUUCACUUCAUCUUCUCUCAGAUGCUCCCGGUUUGUCCCUGCAGCUCCGGGGCUGGCGAGAGCCUUUGUGCCUUCAGCCGUGGGGGCCGCUGCCCUCCCCGUCCCGCUGCGGCGAGGGCUCCUCUGGGCUGCCCCGCCUCCUUCGCUGCUCCCCGUGUGCUGUUCCCCGAACCGCCUCCCGGUUUAUUUAAGGAAUAAAUGAAGGUUCACUC